AUGGCAGACCAGGAUUCUGGUGAAGCUGUAGAAGCAUGUUUAAGCAAAGAGGAAGAACGUAUUUCCGAAAUAAUAGAUGCGUUUAAGGAUGCAUCAAUUUUGGAAAAAUCACACUCGGAGUCUGAAAGUAUAUCUUUUGCAUCUGCAUUGGAAGAAUCUGACAUGGAACUAGUUGAAGAGCUUGAUUCAGUUUCCACCAGGAAUCUUCCGGACAGAAAGAUGAACAGUUUACCUCAACCUCUAGAAAGUUUUGGGAAUUCUGAAAUAAUAAAGAGUCCUUCCAUAGCUAUCCCCAGCGGCUCUUCUAAGCUAAAUCAGGGGAAUGGGGGAGUAGAAGUAUAUUCCGCUUUAAACCCCUUUUCCAUUACCUUGAGUUGCUUGUUACAUGAACCAACUGAAAGCGAUAUAAUUGAAGAUGAUAUUAGAUAUAUCUACUUAAACCAAAUUCUCUCUGAUGACGAGCAGCUUUAUCUAGCAAAACUGAGAAAAUGCGCUAAAAAUCAUGGCCAUAAAUUUCCUCACUCUGUUUGGGUUCAGGGAUUGAGGUUUUUGGCUUCUUCUCGUUUUCACGUCCAAACGGCUUUGGAGAUUAUGGCAAAUAACCAUGAAUUUAGAAUCAAGGAACUUCCAAUAACUGAAAAAGACGUGAUAGACGACCUUAAAAUUGGAGCUAUUUACUGGCAUGGAAGGGAUAUAAAGUACAGACCGAUCCUUAUUGUCAAACUUGCAAAACUUGAUCUGUUUGUUGGCGAGAUUGAACGAAUUCAAAAACUUUUAUGCUUUUGUUUGGAGUUUUUUCUUAGAUACCUUCAGAUUGCAGGUAGAGUUGAGAACUGGAAUGUAAUCAUUGACCUCGCUGGCAAAGGAAUAACUGAUCUCCCUAUUCAAGUCCUUAAGUCAGUCCUUUCUCUUGUUAAUACACGCUAUAGAAUGAGGCUUUACAGGAUGUUCAUUGUUAACUGUCCAAAGUUUAUCAACGUUGUCAGCAAUGCUUUGGUUGCUGCAAUUCCAGGAUCUUCUAUUAGAAAGAUUAGAUUUAUUGACGAAUCUUACUCUGACGAGAUGGUCAAUAUGGUCUCUCAUGAACAACUUGAAGAAUCUUAUGGAGGAACAUGUCCUAAUCUUACCGAUAACUUCUACCCUUUCAGAUUCUACCCUAUGAAUGAAUUGGAUAAGGAAUUUCCUAAUAUCCAUGCUAUCAUACCCCCUGAGUAUAUUUCAGGAAUGUCCAUUGAGAUUCCACCUAGAUUUGAUCUUAAAAAACUCCCCUGGCUUAAUCAAAUACCUAAUAUGAACUUCACUAAGAGAACAGCAGAUCAGCUUUCUCAGAUCCUUGAUACCGAUAUUAAACCUAAGAUUUCUAAAGAAGAUAUAAUCAAACCUUAG